AUUUAAAUUGACGUUGAGGGAUUAGCGGUCGAGGGGAAUUAGACCCAGGAUGAAAUAGGCCACGCUUGGGGCAGUGAAUCCGCCACUGUAGCGUCGAAGAAGCACGCAAAGCAUCCCGCGGGAAAAGCUAUGAGUCAGCUGCGGGCCCUGGCGGCCGUGCUGAGGGGGGGCGGUGUCGGUGUCGGAGGGAGUCCGUGGCUGCGAUGGGGUGGAGGAGGUGCACCGGCCGGCCGCUGGGUUGAACCCAGGAGAGGUUGCCCCUCCGGGGCCGCGCCCGUCCUCUCCGCGGCGGCCCGUGGCUCCAGCUACGUGGAGCAGAUGUACCUGGCCUGGCUGGAGGAUCAUACAAGUGUCCACGAGUCUUGGGACAAAUUCUUCCGCAACAUCCAGGCCUCCGGUCCGUCUGGCGAGGCGGGUGAGAGACGCCCCUCCGCUCUGCUCCAGGGCCGAGCGCUGUCCCACUCACCAGACACGGCACACAAAGUGGUGGAGGACCACCUGGCCGUGCACAGCCUCAUUAGAGCUUACCAGAUUCGUGGUCACCAUGUUGCCCAGUUAGACCCUCUGGGAAUCUUGGAGGCUGACCUGGACUCUUUUGUUCCCUCCGACCUGAUCACCACUAUCGAUAAAUUAGGGUUCUACAGUCUCAAUGAGUCUGACUUGGACAGAAGCUUUCAACUUCCCCCCACCACAUUCAUCGGAGGAGGAGACAACCCUCUUCCUCUUAAAGAGAUCAUACGCAGACUAGAGAUAUCCUACUGCGGUCACAUAGGAGUUGAAUACAUGUUCAUUAACAAUGUGGACCAAUGUCAGUGGAUCCGUCAGAAAAUUGAGACUCCGGGAAUAAUGCAGUUCAGCAAUGCAGAGAAGAGGACUUUGCUGGCCCGCCUGAUCAGAUCCACGCGGUUUGAGGACUUCCUGGCCAGAAAGUGGUCAUCCGAGAAACGUUUUGGUUUGGAGGGCUGUGAAGUGCUCAUCCCUGCCCUUAAAACCAUGAUUGAUACAUCGAGCGCUGCCGGAAUCGACAACGUGAUCAUGGGGAUGCCUCAUCGGGGUCGACUGAAUGUUCUGGCCAACGUGAUCCGUAAGGACCUGGAUCAGAUCUUCUGUCAGUUUGACUCCAAGUUAGAGGCUGCUGAUGAGGGGUCGGGUGAUGUUAAAUACCAUCUUGGGCUGUACCACGAGAGGAUUAACCGUGAGACAGACAAGAACAUCACUCUGUCACUCAUGGCCAACCCCUCGCACCUGGAGGCAGUGGAUCCCGUGGUUCAGGGCAAGGCCAAAGCUGAGCAGUUCUACAGAGGAGACACUCAGGGCAAGAAGGUGAUGUGCAUCUCGAUUCAUGGCGACGCUGCUUUUGCUGGACAAGGAGUUGUGUAUGAGACUUUCCACCUGAGUGAGCUCCCCUCCUACACCACACAUGGUACAAUCCAUGUGGUGGUCAACAACCAGAUUGGCUUCACCACAGACCCUCGGGUGGCCCGCUCCUCCCCCUACCCCACCGACGUCGCUCGGGUGGUCAACGCGCCCAUCUUCCACGUGAAUGCCGACGACCCCGAGGCCGUCAUGUACGUCUGUCGGUUGGCUGCAGAGUGGAGGAGCACCUUCAACAAGGACGUGGUCGUUGACCUGGUGUGUUACAGACGGUUCGGCCAUAACGAGAUGGACGAGCCCAUGUUUACCCAGCCGCUCAUGUACAAACAGAUCCGCCGGCAGCAGCGUGUUGUGAGAAAGUACUCCGACAGACUGAUUGCGGAGGGAGUGGUGACACUGCAGGAAUUUGAGGAAGAAGUUGCCAAAUAUGACAAGAUAUGUGAGGAGGCAUACAGAAGCUCCAAGGAUGAAAAGAUUUCACACAUUCGCCACUGGCUCGACUCCCCGUGGCCUGAUUUCUUCACAGCUGAGGGAGAACCCAGGAGCAUGAACUGUGUCCCCACAGGACUGAGUGAGGAAGUCCUGCAGCACAUCGGCCAGGCGGCCAGCUCGGUGCCUCUGAAAGACUUUAAAAUCCAUCCUGGUGUGUCUCGCAUCCUGCGUGGCCGAGCUGAACUGGUGAAGAGCCGGCAGAUGGACUGGGCUCUGGGAGAGUACAUGGCCUUUGGCUCCCUUCUCAAAGAUGGCGUUCAUGUACGGCUCAGUGGUCAGGAUGUAGAGCGAGGCACCUUUAGUCACCGUCAUCACGUCCUGCAUGACCAAGGGGUGGACAAACGCAUCUCUGUUCCCAUGAAUCACCUGUGGGCCAACCAAGCUCCUUACACUGUCUGUAACAGCUCCCUGUCAGAGUAUGGAGUGCUGGGUUUUGAACUUGGCUUCGCCAUGGCGAGUCCAAAUGCUCUGAUCCUCUGGGAGGCCCAGUUUGGAGACUUUCACAACACAGCCCAGUGUAUCAUUGACCAGUUCAUCAGCCCGGGCCAGGCCAAGUGGGUCCGCCACAAUGGUAUUGUCCUCCUGCUGCCACAUGGGAUGGAAGGAAUGGGCCCAGAACAUUCGUCAGCUCGACCUGAACGUUUCCUACAGAUGAGCAAAGAUGAUCCCGAUCACUUCCCUGAGUAUAAUGGAGAUUUUGAGGUCCAGCAGCUGUAUGACUGUAACUGGAUUGUGGUAAACUGCUCAAAGCCUGCUAAUUACUGUCAUGUGCUCAGACGGCAGAUUCUGCUACCAUUCAGAAAACCGCUGAUCAUUUUCACUCCAAAGUCUCUGCUGAGGCACCCGGAUGCAAGGUCCAGUUUUGACGAGCUUGCUGACGGCACUAAAUUCAAAAGGUUGAUUCCAGACGAGGGCCCUGCGGCUCAAAACCCAGAUCAAGUGAAGAGGGUGAUUUUCUGUACCGGCAAAGUCUACUAUGAACUGGCUAGAGAGAGGAGACAGCUGAAACUGGAGGGAGACAUUGCCAUCAUCAGACUUGAACAGAUCUCUCCUUUCCCGUUCGACCUGGUCAGAGCAGAGCUGGAGAAAUACACCAAUGCUGAGCUGGUCUGGUGUCAGGAGGAGCACAAGAACAUGGGUUACUAUGACUACGUCCGACCGCGUUUACUCACAGUGGUGGCCGACAGAAAGCCAGUUUGGUAUGUGGGACGGGACCCUGCAGCUGCUCCUGCGACAGGGAGCAAGUUCACCCACCUGAAUGAGCUGAAGAGGUUCAUGGACACGGCGUUCAACCUGCGUGCCUUCCACGGGAAGGAGUUGUAACGAGAUCAGAAACGGACCAGAGGUGCACUUUGACCUCCAACCAUUAUUAUUUAUUCAUUUCUUGAUUUUGUGUUUUUAGUAAAUAUAGUUUCUGGUUUCAUCAAGUAAUAAUCUUAUGUGAAAAAAAACUUUGAGCUUGUUUAUUUAUGCCCGGAUUAGACGGCACAACAUUUAUGUUAAUUUAUAUGCUCGUUAAGUCAGUUUUAGAAAGCCGUCAUUGUUCAAACUGAUCAAUAAUAGCUUGCAGUCUUUCACGACCUGAAAGAACUAUGAUAAGAAAACCAUUAUGAAGCACAACUAAGCGAGACAAACAAUUGAACGCACUACUCUACGGCAGAGUCCUCGCUAGUAUCCCAACACUGUGCCACGGGAAAGAACAAAAAAUGAUGGCCCUUUGUUACAUCCUCAGUUUAGAAAAGGGACGCUCCCACUUUUACAGGCCAAUUACAUGUGGUUUGAUCUGCCCUUUAUUCAAUAAUCGCCAUGUCUGCAGGACCCUUGGAACAGAAUUAGUAUAAUGUGUGUGUGUGUGUGUGUGCGCCACAAAGAGUCGUCUAAAGAGAACAAGACACAAAGACUGUCGGCCUCUAAACUGUGACACAAUACCGUAAUUUAAAAAUACAACAGAAUAUAACAAACAGCAAACAAACGUUGCGUGAUUGUCCCCAAGUUGUUGGUGAAGAAGCAACGAUAGCUUCUUGUCACCCUGCAAAAUGUAGAUUUUUGAGAAUCACGGUUAUUGGAGAAGCUUUAGCGCCGUAGAUACCCCUAUUGCUGCAAUGCUAAAUGCUAGUAUACAAUAGUAGUUUGUAUUUGUGUAGAUCUUUGUAGGUGAGUAACAGAAGCAAUGAGAGCCACGCAAAACACCAACUGGUGUAAUUUAACCAUCAAUGUAAGAUACAUAUCUCAGGUUUAAAAUGUAUCACAUCAGUGGGUUUAGAGUGUAUUUGCUUCGGCUACCUUAGCUGUAAGUGAAGGAGUGAGUAUUUAUCGUCACACCUCAGUUCACCAGGAGACGUGAGCCAGCUGGCAAAGCGACUUGCAGCCUUGUUUUCCAUUUGGGACAUAAGGCUCACUUUCCUCUUUGGAGUGUCAGGGAUGCGCACACAUAAAUACAGGGACGCUUUGGAUGCUUUCAGAGCAACAUUGACGCUCGGUUGUCACAUUAAAAUCCCGAGGUAUCGCUAUAAGUUACCACUGUGCUUAGAAAGCUUCCUGUUCAGCUUUAAUGUAAUUUACCUUUUUUCACUUUUAGCUGUGAAAUUUAACCAUAAGCAAUGUUACAUAUCUAAUACGUUUAAGGAAGGAUAAUGUGUUAAUUAUUUUAAAAAAAAAUGUACACAUAUUGUGAGCGCUGAGAUAUGCAAUGAAAUAUGCAAUAAAAUAUAUGUAC